AUGAACACAAACCUGGCAUUUGCCAUCGCUACUGCGAAGAAGGCACAAAUCUCAAAAGAGGCAAUUGAGACAGCUAUUGCAAAGGGUCAAGGCAAAGGCUUGAACGGUGCUUCAUUGGACAAUGUUCUCCUUGAAGCCAUGUUGCCCUACGGCGUAGCAGCUAUCAUGGAAGGACAAACAGAGAACAAAAAUCGUGUGCUAGCUGACGUUAAGAUGAUCGUCCAGAGAGCCGGCGGGUCGCUGUCACCCACAGCCUUUUCGUUCGAGAAGAAAGGAAAGAUAUGGUUCAGACAGCAUGACAGCAUUGGUAUCGACGAGGCAAUGGAUGAAGCCAUUGAAGCUGGCGCAGAGGAGAUUACUCAAGAGGAAGGUCAGCUUGUUGUUGAGACCGUCCCGGAAAUGCUUUCAGCAGUAUCUCAAAGAAUGCAGAAAGCACUUGGUCUCGAAGUUGAGAGAAGUCAGAUUCUCUACGAUCCUAAGGAGGAGACUCUAGCAAAGGUAAACGAGGUGCAAGCGUCCGAGAUUCAAACAAUCUUAGACCAGCUAGACGAGCUUGACGACCUCCAGGAAGUGUACAUCAAUGCCGAUAUAUAA